AGUAUUUUGGCGUGGGGAAAAGAAAAAAAAAGUUCUAACCGCGAACACUAAAAAGUUCAUAGCUACCUAAGCUUGCGACUACUCACGCCAGCUUAUACUUAUAUAUUUUCGCAUUGUCAAAAUGGGGAAGAAGAGAAAGGCAUCUAGUGGCCCUUCGGAGCCAAAGGGUCCUCGCGAAUAUGACCCUGCUGAUGCGAGAUUGGGUCCUAUCAACACCUUUGAAGAUAUAGCCGACUCAGAGGAGGAACACUUCAUGAACAAGGACCAAAUUCUUUUUGAGGAUGACCGAAAGUCCAAGAAGCAGAAGCGGCAAGAAGAGGAAGAAGAAUUCUUGGAGAAUUCUGACGAAGAGGCUCUUGCCUAUGAUGACGAGGACUCCGAUGAUGAUGAUGAGGACGGCGACGACCAAGACGGAUACGCUCGUAAACCUACGAAAUCCACUAAGGGAAAGCCUGAUAAUGGAUCUGAAUCUGGACAAGAGGAAGGUGAUUCCGGUUGGUGGGGUUCGUCGAGGAAAGAAUACUACAACGCCGACAAUCCCGAGACGGAGGCCGACGCUUUGGAGGAGGAGCAGGAGGCCCGGCGACUGCAGAAGAAAAAACUGGCAAAGAUGUCCGAGAGCGACUUCAUUUUCGAUGAAACCGAGUGGCUCGCUCCCGAGGGCGAGGACGCGGAUCAAAAUGACGUUGUUACUGAAGUCUUGAAGGAUGUCGAGAUUCCCGCUGAUACGAGCCCCGAGGAAAGAUACCGAAUUCUACGGACAAGAUACCCCGAGUUCGAUUACUUAGCAGAUGAGCUCCAGCAACUUCAACCUCUACUUGUGACUAUACAAAAACAGGCAGAAGCGCAGCCGCCUAAGUCGUUACCGGUAGUCAAAUACCGAAUCCUAGGCUGCUACGUCGCCACGCUUGCUAUGUACUUCGCUACCUUAGCAUCACCAGCUAGAGAUGCUGCCAACGGAGCUGCAAAAGCGCUGGACCCCGCAGAACUACGUGAUCACGAAGUGAUGGGAACUCUGCUAGAGUGCCGAGAUGCAUGGAAGAAAGUAGAGCACCUGAAGAUAUCGGAUCAUACACACGUAACUGACAGCAUACCAUCACCACCGGAAGAGGGGCUACCAGCUAUCGAGGAGAAAAUACAAGUGGAAACGAAGCCUUCGAAGAAAUUAAGCAAAGAUGCCAAGGUCAAGGCAAAGGCGGAAAAGAAGAAAGCGAAGGCCAUUGAAGAGUCACUUGCUGAUCUCGAUGCGCUCGUUGCUACUAAGAAGAAACCGAAGAAGUCAACCGUUGAUAUUGCGGCAAGAGACAGUGACUCAGAUUUCGGUGAAGAGGAGACUCUUGAUGCCAAAUCGGCUGCUGAAAAAGCAGUUCGGAAGAAGAGUCUUAGGUUCUACACUUCGCAGAUCGUACAGAAAGCCAACCGACGGGCAGCCGGAGGCAGGGACGCAGGCGGUGACAUGGAUAUUCCUUACAGGGAACGCCUGAAGGAUAGACAAGCGCGCCUCAACGCCGAAGCAGAGAAGCGUGGUCAGAAGAGCUCAAAGAUGGGUGCUGAUCUCGGAGAUGCUAGCGAUGAGGAGGACGAGCGAGUUGCUACUGCGGUUAGAGAUGACGAGGACGACUACUACGAUAUGAUUGCUGCAGCAACAAGCAAGAAGAAAGGAGAUAAAGCGGCCCGAGCAGCAGCUCUCGCAGCGGCUAGCAAGAAUGAUCGCAUCGUGGAGACGGAGGAGAUCGGCGAGGAUGGAAAGCGCAAGAUUACUUAUCAGAUACAAAAGAACAAGGGACUUGCGCCGAGACGUAAGAAGGACGUGAGGAACCCGAGAGUAAAGAAGCGAAAGGCAUAUGCAGAGAAACAAAAGAAGUUGAAGAGCAUAAAACCAGUAUACGGGGGCGGCGAAGGCCGUGGUGGAUACGGAGGCGAGCUUACCGGUAUCAAGCCGGGCUUGGUCAAGAGUGUCAAGUUGUAGUCUUCAAUUUUAUUAAUUUAGGCAUGUACAUACCUAAGGUACCUAUUUAUAUUCACGAAUCACACCUGCACCUGAUGCAAUUACUUGAGA